CCGGCCGGGCGUUGGCAACAUUGGGCGGCCGCGGCAGACCAGUUCAAAUGUUGAUGGCGGAGGAGCAGCGGCGCGGCGUGUUUUUAGCUUAGUGUUGCCUCCAGGGGACCGUCCCGGGGCCUCAGUCACCCCUUGUGCUGCCCCUGGCGUCUGCUCCGUGCAGGGCCGCGAAGAAGUGCUGAAAAAUGGCUCUCCUGGAGAACCUGCGGGUUCUGUCCCUCAGGGCCGAUGACAUGGUCCAGGAGACGUGCAGCUCCUUUGAGGAACACUUUCUGUGGCUAGAAGAGGUCUUGGCUGAGGCACGACGCACUCUUGCAUCAGAGGAUCUUGUUUUGCUACCCAAGACACCCUCAGCUGCCCCAAAAAAGUCCCGCAGAGUCAUCAAAGAUACUGACUCUCAAACCUCAACAGAAAAUGCCGAGAACUCUCCACCCAGUAGUGAGGUUGGCUCCCCGCCCACCCGCCGGGGACGCCUCUGCUCCAAGCUUGCCAACCAGAAGAUUCAGGAACUGACACGGUUGAGCAGGGUCAAGAAGCUGCGACGGCCAUCCUCCCCCGUGACACAGGUCCCUCCCACCACCAGCCGCAGGAACAAGUUCCGCCAGGUCUCCCUGUCCCCCUCCCCCUCCAGAUCUGAUGAGAAGUCCAGUGAAUCGCCAGCACCAAAGUCAGUUCAGGCUACACCUCCCUCCACGAAGCGUGCUCAUAGGAGUGUGAGGCUUGUGCUGGAUCCUGUGGAUACCAACACCCCUCCUCCGAGUGUCACUACAUCCAGAAAAGAGCUUGCCUCCCCACUGAAGGAUGAAGGUAGCGCUGAAAAGGAGAGCUCCCAGCAGAAUAAAUCCUCACCUUUAUUGAAAGAUAAGAACACUACUCAGAUGGAUGUUGCCUCUUCACAGGAUCACACUUCAUCUAAGAAAAGCCUUGGCUCCUCUCCACAGAAAAUGAGCCUCCCAGCAAAUGAAGUGGCCUGCUCACCAAAGAAUAACUCCUCAGUAAGAGAAGUGAAUUGCUCUCCCAAGGAAGCUAGUUCACAAGAAAAGGAGACCCCGUACCAAACUCCAAUGGAAGUGAGUUCACAAGAAAAGGAGAUCUCACGGCACUCUCCAAAGGAAGUGAGCUCUAAAGAAAUCAGCUCUGAUGUACUAAGUAACCACAAUGAGACACAGAAGAGGAAUGUUGAGCAAGGUGAUAAGGUUGACCACUCACAGAACAGCAUGAAGGGCAAAGUGGAUUCCCAGACACUGCAUCAGGAAGACGAGGAUUUCCACCUCCACCUGGAUGAUAGUUACAGUGAUAUUCUGCCCCUGGAUGAUGAAGAAGCUGACGAAGGGAAAGAGAAGGAAGAAAAGGUGGAGGACAUGGAAGUUGUGUGGGAGUCAUCAGAAGCUAAGGACAAACCAGAGCAGGUCACUUCCCAGAACUCUCCCUCUCAAGUCACUCUGAAUGCACAACCCAAACCAGGCUCACCAUCCCAGGAGUGUUCUAUCCAGCAUUCCUCUGCACCUGCUCAGAAAGUGACAACCACAAGCCAGAAACCUGCUGUUCCACCUCCCUUUGCUCCUGCUCCCAGGGUCACACGAACCAAACAAAGGGCAGUGGAUGCACAGGACGUCCCACCACCCUCAGACAGUGAACCUCAUCCUCCCUCCGCUCCUGCCCCAAGAGUUAGACGCACCAAGCAAAAAACGGCAAAAAUGCAGGAAGUGGAAGAUAUGUUGUCCACAGGCAGUACCCCACACACUCCCUCCUCCCCUGCUCCUGCCCCAAGAGUAACUCGCACCAAACAGAAAGCUGUUGCAGUUCCAGAUCCUCCAGCUUUCUCAGACGGAACUGCCUCACCCACUUCCCCACGAGUUCCACACCCUAAACAGGAAGUUAAGGUACAGAAUGCCCCAGUGCUCCCAGAGACCCUCGGACAACCUCCCUCUGCCCCUGCCCCAAGAAUGACUCGCACUAAACAGAGAGCCAUUGAAGCACAAGAAACCUUGGCCAGUGUGCCUCAGCCUGCCACUAGAGUCACACGCACCAAACAGAAGGCCAGGGAAGACCAGCAAGCCCACAGCACGAAUGUCAACAAGGAAGACGAGGAAGGAGAGCAGGUCAGUGAAGACAGGGGGCUCAAGGCUAGCAGUGUAAAGGACUCUGGGGUGUUCAGCCUUGGGAUAAGGAAAGAAGGCUGGAGUUCGGCAGAGUCUUUGUCAUCUGGAGGCUCAUGCGCCCCACCUCAGCACACCAGUUCCCCACCUCGCAGGAUCACCCGCUCCAAGGUAUCCAGGCUGCAGCAGGAUCAACAGAGUCCAAAGGCCCUCCCCAGCAUCCCCAACUUCCAGCGUGUAUGUUGCUCCCCCAGGGGCACUGGGUUACCCUGUAGCCCACAAAAGGACUCUCCUGCAUCUAGAAAACUGGCAGCUCAUCCAAGCAGGGAUGGAGUGCAGCAGCUGGCAUCAGAGAUCUCCCACUCGCCUGUGCGUGUUGUUCGUCACUCCCCAGACAAGGCAGGAAAGGUGGUGGAGCCCAGACUGCAGAUGCAAGCAGGACGCAUCACCCCAAGUAUUGUCUCCAGGAUGCAGCCCUUCCUCACAGCCUCAUCAUCCUCUGCCUCCUCAUCUUCUGCAGGUCACACGAGAAUUAUUAAGCGGACGAUGGGGACUCCCUCUGAGAACCGACGUCCUGCCAACAUUGUUUCUGGCAUCACCUCCUUCAUCAAGAGCCAGCCUGUGCGCCCCAACAGAGACGAACAGCGUCUGCAGGAGUUACAGAAGAAGAAGGAGCGUGAGGAGGACACACUCAAGAAAAAGGAACAACUGCUAAAGGCUAAGACAGAGGAGAGGAAAAGGCGGAACGAGGAGCGCAUGCGACGGGUUCAAGAGACAAUACAGGAGCAAGAGCGACAGGCGGGGUUGGCCAAGGAGAAGCUGGAGCGUGAGCGGCGGCAGCGAGAUGAACGGCAGCGCGAGGAACGGCAACGCGAGGAGGAGGAGCGGGAGCGGCGGAGACAGCUGGUCAAGAAGAAAACCGAGGAGGAGGCGAAGAAGGCGGCCAAGCUGAAGGAGAUGCAAGAGGAGAGAAAAAGAUUGGAAGAAGAGAAGAAACAAAAGUUAGAAGAGGAGAAGAGGAAGCAGAGAAUCGAGGAAGAGGAGUAUGCAAUCAAAUACCAAGCUCAAAAGAAAAAAAUGGAGGAGCAAAUGAAAUUGAAGAUGACCGUGUCACAGAUGAUGAAGAAGAAGUACGAGGUAGAACAACCCAAGCCAAAGGAAGCCUUGCCUGUCAGUAAGCAGAAUGAGCAGCAGGCGCCAAAGCAGAAUGAGCAGCAGGCGCCAAAGCAACAGGAAGCCAAGACUGUCAUGAGCACCUACAAGGAGACUGGGGCUCUCAACACUACCUACACCUCCUCCACCAAGACCAAGGAAAACAGUGGCGGUCUCAACUCCACGUACACAAAGCCAGCAGCUGAUGCAAGGGUUGAUAGCUACGAGAUGACUCCACUCCAGCCCAAGAGGGUCUCCAGCUCCCUCAACAACUAUGAUAUUAAUGAUAUUCAGAGUGAUGAUUCAACAGAUGAUGACGCCUCUCCCAAGAAAAAGAUUCCACAAUGGGCCAUGAAGACACAGCUACAAGCAGCUGUACUGCAGCAAGAGCACUACCCUCCUGCACUGGAUGGGAUUUUUCCACCCAAUACUCUUCUCAUCUUGCCGGAUCUCACGCGGAUCUUCCCCAAACAGAAGCGUCGGUUCAGGAAGCGGACCUCAAGUGCUCAGUGGGGGACGCCCCCCGCCAAAGUGUUCCGUACCAUCGCCUACACCUAAAAGUAGCACCGUCACAGUUUAGCGGUGAUCUCUGAGACAUGCUGGUUACCAGGGGCAACACAACCAGUGUGUUUUUCUGGUGGGAAGCAGUGCCUGGAAUGUGGGAAGAUGUGGUUUACAAGGUUGUUAUGUGCCUAUGAUUUUGUUAUCUGAUGAGGCUUUCAUCGUGGAGGUCAAAGUCUUAAACUGGAACUGUCAAACAUUUAGAUGAUGAAAUGGCUUCUUCCUUUGCUCUCAUAUUCUUUGUUUAUACCUCAUUUCCUCUUCUUGCUCAUGUGCUGAAUUUGCAAUGAGCAGUUUUCCUUUACUGGCUGAAGCCUUGGUUCAGCGUAGGGCUUUGGUGACCCUCAUUGAAGGAAGGACAUGUAAUAUUGAUAAUGAAGGUCCUGCUUCCCUUGCACGAGGGACAAUCUUCCCUUCAGAGUGGUUGGACACAAAACAACCUACAAACAAAAGAAAAAGUUUUAUUUAAGAAAAAACUGUGGAAAUAUUUUGUCAUUUUUUUUCUCAUAUUUUCAGGAGGGUGUUUUUUAAAUGUAUUUUAUGCAAGAAAUAGAACAUGCAAAAAUAUCUUGCUACAAAAUCUCAGCAUCAAUAUUUAAAUGUUUAUGUAAGAAAAAUAUUUAUUGCUAAACUAAAGUUCUGAUACUGCUGUAUCUGCUGUUUUGGGUGGGUUGACAAACAAUAUAUUGUAGAUUUAGUCGACAAAGUUUCUCAGUCCUUGAUGAUGUUCAGGGUUAAAGUGUUAAGUGAACCAGAAAACUUUAUGGGCUGAUGCUGUACUAAAACUGUUUUAUCAAGGCAGUUUGGGUGCAAUUGGUCUAAGACUGUAAAGGUAAAGUUGGGGCUGUAUGCUAUAGCUGAUGUGGCCUUGCUGCUCAUUUCUGUCCCCUUGGCCUUUGAGCCUGUGGUGGGUGAGAACUCAUUACCCUGGGACACAGGGUCAGUGCACUAUUUGGGUUGCCUCAGUUCACCUUACCCAGGUUUUCCCAGGUAACCACUUAGUGGCCAGCCUGAAACCGAGAAUGAAGAGCUGGGCACACCCAGGCUGGGAUUUAUGCCCAGGCCCACAGAUUCAUAUCCAGGCAUGCUGACCACUGGAUCAGGAGGAGAAUGUGGAUAUUGCCAAAUCUUUAAUUCUCAACAACAAACUUCUUAUUUUUAGGUAUUUACUACUUAAUAUGAAUUUAAAAUAUUCGAUGGACUUAAUUUAAAAUGAGCCUACAGAUUUUUUUUUAAUGAUUCACUUUUUGAUAGUUAUCUUAUAUAAAUCCUAUAAGACUAGGCAACAUUGCAACAGGACAAGUGGUGUGACACGAGGUAGCCAUGCUGGUCAUACCCGGUCAUAGAACAUGUUGACUGUUUUCCAUUUCCCAGACACGUAGAUAUGGCAGAACCACAAACAGUCCAAGGCAGUCACAUCCAAACAGCCUUCAUAAAAUGGUUUUAGUAUAGUAUUAUUGCAUGUGGCACACUACCCAGAAGCCAACCCUACCCACCAGCUUGUUUCUGUGAGACAAUCCCAGGUGGAGGAGGCCAAGGAGAGUUUGUGGCUUGAGUAAGGUGAUAGAUCCUGCCAUGGGGUAGGAUGGGACCGCUAUCUUGCAUGGAGACUUGCCUGGAGGAACCCCGGGUUAGGUGUUGUAGGAUGGAUAAGGUGUGUUCCCCUGGCAUUUGCCCAUAGUGAUUGAUUAUUACUACUGUUAAAAAAGUAAAGAUCAUAUAACCAACACCAUGUUCAUUAUUUCC